AUGGACAGAACUGGGACCAUUUCCUGCCAGACCAAUAGAUUGUAUUUGACAGACCAGCCCACCCAGACCUGCUGGGUUUCUGAAUGGUCUUUUAUAAACCUGAAACAAAGAAAGCCCUGGCACCAAAUCUGCACCUACUUGUCCUCUCAUGAACUUGAACACGUAAGUGGCUUCUAUCCAUCCCGCAAGGCACAAGCUAAUGACGCGGAGAGCAAUCUUCAGAGUGACUAUCAUGGCCAAUUAUUCUGUGGCCUUCCAUCUCUUCACAGUGAGUCCCUAGAUGUUACUUCCUUGAGCUCUCAAGGUGUCUCCAAGAACAUAUCCAAGUCCUCUUCCACGGAUCGUCAGCCCACAAGGGAGCUUUCACUCCCUUUCUUGCCCCAAACUCCGUGUAAGUCAGUCCCUUCGUCUUCCCCAGCCUCUCCAAAUGCCAAGACUCCCCAUGAGCAUGAAAGAGUACAGAUCAGUGUCCCGUUUCUGACUCUGGCUGAGUGUGAGGCAUUGGAAUGCCACCUCCUAGAGAGGCAGGUCAAGCUUCAGUGGGGCCUGCCAGCUGUCUUCCUGAGAAAACAGUACACCUGGAGCCACACGCUGUGUGAACCACACAGUAAAGCUAAAACUAUAAAAACUUACUGGCCAAGGAAGCCCUUCUCAUAUCCCACCAGGGAAUUCUCCUUCCCAGAGCAUGUGCGCAGGCUGCUGGAAUUCCACCUCCAGAAGCAGCUGAUUCACCUUCGCUGGGGCCUGCCCCGGAGGAUCCAGCGCUCCAUUCACUCGCUGCUCUCCUCUACCGACCAACAGUCCCGGUCCCGCAGCAGCAGGGCGCUACCCAAUGUGAGCAUCCCACCGCCAGGCCACCCAGAGGCUGAUGGGUCUGGUGACAUGUUUGCACUUGCAGUGGACAAAGGGUCAAUUUCCACGCCACGUUUGUUUUCCCAGACAAAGGCAAUGUUGAAGAACCAUAUUGAUUCCAAAUGUGGACAGAUUCAGCAGGGCAAGGUCCCGGCCCAAGUCUGGAGCUCUUGGGAACGCAAAAUUCCUGGAACCCUGGCAGCAGUGCCUCCCUUCUCUUCGAUUCCACAAGGCCAACACCUGGAACUACAAGCAGAAAGUAAAAGCAACCCUGACCUACAUCACAAAGUUGUUCCUCUGGAACCAGGGGCCUUCGACCAGGAGAAGCAGGCUUCAUCAGGUACUCUCGUUGAACACUGUAAGCGGCCCCACGCUCUGUCUAAGGAAAUGAUUAAGAAGCUGGAGACAACUUUACAGCAUAAGUAUCUGGCCUUCCUGUCAGGCCUGCCUGCCCUUUACUGUGUGGCUCUCUCGAGGCCCAUAUCUCCAACAGUCACUAGCCAACCUAGAAUGACAGAGAUGAUGUCCAGGCCUGUCAAAAGCUCACCAGAUCCUCGGACUCAACUGACCUCACUUGAAAGUCCAUUUGAGCCUUGUACUCGAGAUGACAAAGAGGCAUCUGCGGACACUACAGGAGAGGUCCAGCCUGACGUGCAGAUGGAAGGAAGGACAGAGAAGGUGCCUCUAGACAGCCGGACUCAUGACAGUGCCCGCUCGUUAAACUCACAUAUCUUGGCGAAACUGAAUUUCCACCUGAAAAAAAAGGUCCUAGCAAUGCAAUUUGGAAUUUCUGAAAAGGAAAGGGAGUACAAAGAGCUAGCUCUAGCCAGCCCAGAGAGUGAAUCCAUACAGGAGUUUCUCAGGAGUCUAGGUAUCCCAGAAGGCACCGAGCUCCAGAAACUGCCAGGCUCAGGUGACUCUCCUCCAGCCCCAGAUGCAAACAGGGUCCACCUUAAAAAACAGUCAGCCACUGCAGGGCAGCCUGUGUGCCACAAGCCAAGCCAACCUAGUUCCAGAACAGUGCCCCAUGGUUCUGCCCAGUGGGGCUCCAAGGCCUCAAAACUCAGGAAUAAGAUGGAGUCCCAAGUGUACUGUAUUCAGAUGGAGACCAGUGGGGAUGAGCCCAGCCUAGAGAAACCCUUUAGCACUGAGCCUCAAGGCAAGAGCAAGUCCUCAGCCCACGUCACCACGCUGACAGAAAAGAGUGAAGAGCCAGGGAAACCCAAGGCAGUGGGGGACCUUGGAGAGAGGGAUGCAGAUCUUGGGCUUUCCCCGACCAGGGAAAAAACACACCAUGAUGGAGAUCAGGAGCCAGAAAAAGGGCCUCUGCACAGGACACCCCAAGGCUCCUCACAGCAGAGGCAGAGUUUUCAUCUUGAGGAUCCCUGUCUGCCCAGCCCCCAGGAGGCCCCUGACCUUGAGUUCCCAGAGCCACCUCCAAAAGUCUUCAUGGAGAGAGAGCCUGAACAUGAUAUGCAAGACAGUCAAGCCAAGGUAAAUGUCAGCCCAAAGCCUGCAAAGGUUGCUAAAGUCCCCCAGCCUGUGGCCUCCCAGGCUUCCCGGGGCCUUCCUUUCCCUCACCCACCAACUCAGGGAAAGCCUUUUGGGGGCCAAACUUGGCAAGACCACAUUUCACGGGGGCAGGUGAUACCAACUUCUCCUCAUGCUAGCCCCAGCCUUCCAGAGGCUGGCUUGAAAACUAAGAUGAAAUCCUUUUUUCACGCUAUUAACCCCAAGAUAAAAGGCAAAACACAUGUGGAACCCAUAGUCUCAACACCUGGAAAAGCGGCCAAAACCAGUAAAGAAAAUGUUGACAAGGGUCUGCCUCAAGCCAAAAGCCCCACCAAGAAAACUAAGACGGAGAAUGUCAGAGGGCCCAAGGCCCAGUCUGUGUCCUCUGAGAAGUCAGUGAUCGCAUCCUUCUUAACUGCUCCCCACAUUUCAGACAGUAAGCUCCGGCCAGGCCCGCGACAGCUCUGCUCUGUCUCAGCACCAGGCCGACCCCGACAUUGUCCUCGGCACUGUCCUCAAUUGGCUUAUGCCAUUCAAUACAGAAACCCACCCUAG